AUCAAAUUGGCGCCCAUACCCCCCUCCAAAAUCUCCCCCAAAAAAACUUUGAAAAAUGUCCCGCCAUUACAUCAAUUUGUCAUCCAUUUAUUAAAUCUCAACUCUUCAUUUCUCCCAAAACCCCAUUUCCUCUCUCUCCUCAAUUCUCUUUCUCACAGUAACAAGCAAUUUGUAGAGAGAUUCAAUGGCCGUUCCUUCAAGUCCAGUUCCUGCAGCUGAGAAGAAGAAUAAGGAAGAUAUCAAUGGAGAAAUGGUGACCCAGAAAGAUGAAGAUCUAAAGCAACCUAAGCGUAGUAAAGAUCCCGGUGUUCGUGUUGUUGGUGGUAGAAUCUACGAUUCUCAAAAUGGCAAGACUUGCCAUCAGUGCCGCCAAAAAACAAUGGACUUCACUGCUGGAUGCAAGAACAUGAAGGGAGAUAAGCAAUGUACUAUUAAAUUCUGCCACAAGUGCCUCAUAAAUAGAUAUGGAGAGAAAGCGGAAGAUAUGGCAAUUAUUGAUGAUUGGAAAUGCCCCAAGUGCAGAGACAUUUGUAACUGCAGCUUUUGCAGGAAGAAAAAGGGCCACAAGCCUACUGGCAUUCUCGUUCACGCAGCAAAGGCAACUGGGUUUUCCUCUGUUUCGGAGUUAUUAAAUGUCAAGGGUAUGGAUGCGUGUCAGGAGCUGAUUGUCAAAUGUAAGGUGGCUGCUUCCCCAAAGAAAUCAACAGCUUUGAUUGAAGUGGAGGAGCCUAAGGUGGGUACUUCUAAAAAACGAGGGAAGGAGAACUCUUCUGAUGGACCAAUGAACUCUCAGUCUCCAAUCUCAUGUCCUAAUGAUAAACAGGCGAAAAAAGUUAAGCAGGAGGGGGUAAAAAGGCUCAAGGAGAGGGUAGAAGAUGAUAAAGAUAAUGGUGUUGUGUGUAGCCCCAUAAAACAUACAGUGGUGAUUGGCCUAAGAAGAAGUCCAAGAAAACUCAUCAUCCCCCAGGAAAUCACCAAAAAGGAAGAGGUGGUUGAUGACAAGGAUAACGUGAGAAGAAGUCCUAGAAAAUUCAAUGCCCCUCAGGAAGUUACAAAAAAUGAUGAGAAGAUGAGUGAUAUCAAUUGUGGGAAAGUAACUAAGAAAGUGAAGAAGGAAAAAGUUCAAGCAGAGCCAAAAGUGAAGUCUGGCAAACAUCAGAAAGAUAUAAAUAUCGAUCAUGUUGUUGUGGAUGUAGUCCUGCCUCCGGGCAGUUUGUUGACCAACGUGGCUGGGAUUGACUUGCUUCCUGAUGAUAUUGGACAUGCUUUGCAAUUUCUGGAAUUCUGCUCUGCUUUUCGUGAGGUACUAAACAUUGUGAAAGGACAGCCUGAAGCUGUACUGAGAGAUAUAGUGUGUGGACGGAAUAGGCGGGGAAAAGUUUCGUCUACUGUCCAGUUUCUUAUCCAGCUAUUGUCUUUUAUCCUGAAGGACACAGAUGAAGACGAAGAUGAAGAGGAAGAAUCUACUUGUUUAAGCCCGUCUAAUGGAAAGGAGUCUUGGAUACAUUCCCUAAAAAGAUGCCUCUCUAACUCUGAGCUUGAAUUGGAGGACUUCCCCGAGGAUUGCUUGAACAAAGGAUGUCAUGGGUUUGAGAUGUUGGAAUCCUCGCAAAAACUCAAACUUCUGACGUUUCUUUGUGAUGAAUCUCUUUCUACCAAACAAAUGAGGACUUGGAUAGAUGAACAAAACUCGAAGUCUGUUGAAAAAGAGAAAGAAGCAAAAGAAAGUUUGAAUGCGGCCAAGGAGAAGGAAAAGCAGGCAAAGCGCAAGCUUCAAGAGAAAGUUGCUAAAGCAAUUAUAGCAAAGAAUGGUGCACCUCUUACUAUUUCUGAACAUGAUUCUAUUAUGUCUAAAAUAAAAAAGGAAACAGAGCUUGCACGUGCAGCAUUGAUGGAAGCUAUGGACUCGAUGCCUAAGAAGAGACGAAGAUCAGAUGCUGUAAGGACGGAUGCAAUCUUUUUGGACGACAGUAGCCGUGCUUAUUGGAGAUUAACAUGUUUUGGUGAUUCAAACUUACUACUUCAAGAGGUGGGAAGUCCAGAACAAAUUGACUACAAGGAUAAAUGGUUUAGUUAUAGUGCUGAAGAGAUGCAAGUGGUUGAAAAGUACAUUUCUUCUGUAAGACUCAAUAGACACAAGCGCAUUAAGCUUGGUGAUCAAACAAAGGUGAAGAGCACUUCCGAAUUUGAAGCAGAUUCAAGCUCCAACGAUGACUCACUACCUGCUACAAUUGAUAACUAAGACACAUUCUUUCGUGCAUUAUUAAGUCUUACAUCACUGUUUCUCCCAGGUAGCUAAUCAAAGAUAAUCCUGGGGUGAAUUUUGGAAGAACUCAUUUUUUCGGGUGAAUUUUGCAGGUAGUACAGUUUUAGGAAUUUGUUAGACUUGUAUGCGUGUAGCACAGUAGCAAUGUAGCACAGCCACUUUUUUUAGUGUAGGCUUUUGUGAGGCUAAGAACCCGAGUUGGAGGAAGAUUUCCUAAUUAAUGUAUGUAUUUGCUUCUAAAUAUUGUAAUGUGAAUCAACUUUCAGAUGCUUCACUAUACUAAUAGAGUAAUAGUGAUACUUCACUAUACUAAUAGUCCAAUAUAUCCUUGUUAUCAA